CAUCGGCCAGUAGCUCGUCUAACGUUGCUCCGUGAGCACGGAUUUCGGUGAACCGGUUAAGCAAGGAUCGUCUGGAGGAAGUGAAACAAAGUCAUUGAAUGAACUUGGAAGUGGAGUUUCAUUCUCGGUCGGCUAAAAUUGAGUCUGAUUACCGUCACUUGACCUACGCUGCUAGGGCAACGACGAUAUCGUUUACUUCCUCGAGACUUUACGAUGAUUUUGCGGGGAAAGUAUAACGACCACUCAGUCGCUACCGGUUGUGCGUGUUAAUUGCCUGUCGCGAACUAUGACCCAGAUCGGUUGGAAUUUUGUUUUGCCCGUGUCUAUGCUGGUCGCAAACGCGACCGUGGGUAACGUCACGUACGACAAGUUGAUCGGCGAAACGAUAAGGAUCCUCCAAUGCUGCACGAUUUUCAACCGUCACAACGCCCUCCUGUUAGCCGGGGAGUACGAAGACUUCCUUCAGCGAUCGUUGCUCGAUGGUCUACAGAUCGCUCUGGUCUCCGAGACGCAGACGUCCACGUCAGAACUGUUCGCCCUGAGCAGAUACUCGUUCACGGAGUACAAUCGGUACACCUCCUUGCAUCUGCUCCGCAAGUUGGAUCAUUUCGUGGUGAUCGCGUCUUCGCAGCCGAUGCUCAGAUUGCUGCUGCAGAGGAUAAAGGAUUCUAGCUGGGGCAACUUCAAUGGGUUCCAUAUCCUGAUAGACAGGAGGACCGAGGAACGCGGCUGUGCGAACGCUCAUACGUUCCUGUGGACAGCCUGGGAAUACGACAGACUUUCCACGAUAUUCCUGUGCAUCGAUCCCAUUCACGGACUCGUCCUCUAUACCUAUAAUCCCUAUUCGAGCAUGGCGCCGAGAGCUUGGAAGCAAGCUGGGUACUAUGAAGGACGCAGUGGGCAUCCCUGGCUAUUAUUGAGAAGGAAAUACAGAAAUGGUUCGAGGAUGUGCAAGGACUUGAUGUUCGAUAAGACGAGGGACCUGAACGGUUAUGAAAUCCGACUGAACGCCAUAUCCUUCGAGCCCCAUCUCCACAUAGACGAAAGUAAGUCCGGCUUGGAGAAGUUCACCGGCGACAACAGCGAAAUCCUGAAGAUGGUGUUCAAGAAGUUGAACGCUAGCAUGAACGUACUGGUGUAUAGAGGCACGGUGUACCGUCUCGGGGGCAUCGACAAACACGGCAUCAUGGUGGGAAUGCUGGCCGACGUGGCUAGUGGCGAGGUGGACAUGGGAAUGAACGCGAGAGGCCUGUACAGCUUGUGGAAGAUCGAACACACGUAUCCUCACGGGGAAGAGGGUUUCUGCGUGAUAACACAGAGGGCAGGAGAAAAGUCAGAGUUCAUCAAGUUCUUGACCUUCCACUCGCCCUUCGUGAGCCUGGGGUGCGCCAUCGUGUUCGUGAUCAGCCUCUGCAUCCUCGCGAAAUACCAGGGAUUUUUCCCAGCGUGCUUGAACAUGACGCGUUUCGUUACCUCGGUGUCCAUGUAUAAACUACCCAAAGCCAGUUCCUGCAGAAUUUUCUUCACUUCUGUGUUCAUAUUGUACUUCGUAGUAAACGCCCUGGUCCUCAGCCACUGGGCCUCGAUACUCAGCAUUCCUGUUUCCCUGCCGAAUAUCAGGACCGCGGAGGAUCUGAGGAAAUCUGGCUACCAGAUCUACGGCUCGAUGUUCCACGAGCAGAUGCUUCGGGAUGCCGAGUUACGGUCGCGUUUCCACGAGACCACCUACCACAGCUGCAGGCAGCAAGUGCUAAGAUCGCGAAGAGCCGCGUGUAUAGACGAUUGUCUCCACCAGUACGUGAGGAUCGAGAACGAGCCUCUGUAUCGAUCUCGCAGGAUACAGCGGACCCAGCAGGUCUACGUGACCAGGAAGGACUGGCCGCUACUGAGACCAGUGACGAAAAUAAUUCGUCACGCGAUGGAGUCUGGAUUAAUAACCAUGUGGAGGAGUCUGAACACGAGAAGGAUCUACGAGGCAUGGAAGAAGAGACGAAUGAAUCGGAAGAAGAGCUUCAGGAUAUUGACCAUCAAACAGAUCACGUUCAGCUUCUACAUUCUCGUGAUUGGCCAGGUUUGCGCCAUUGUGACUUUCGUUGCGGAGGUCAUCGUUGGAAGAUAUCGUGCUCGCAGAUCGAGGAGAUAG